UUUGGUCGUGUCUCGUUUUCUCGUACUCUCUUUUCUUUUCUCUUCAAUUCAAUAGUAUAACUAUAUGUUUUAUUAACUGCAACGAUUUGAGUCAUUAGCCGCCCAACAUCAUCAACCUUGUGACCAUUGAACCUACCCUUAGCUGCUUAGCAGCAGUGUCAGCCUCGUUGGAAACAUCAUCCCGUCCUGAUUGCAGUUUAUCUCUUCUUCCUCCCAAAGGAUGCCCUUCCUCUUAUUCCGCCUGGAGUGUUCAAGUUCAACUCUUCUGUGGAUGGAGCUCUUGGAGAAAUAGAUGUCUGGCUGUAAUUCCCAGGCUCCAAGGACACUCGACAGGCUGUUGCCGACUUUCUCAUCCGUUCUUUACGGUUCUUUACACAAAGCCCCGUUGUGUUGUGGGUAUUUCAUUUCAGUAUCAUUUUGGAUUUUCAUCAAGAAGCGACGUUCGUUCAACUCUACAACUAUUAUUCGCCAGUGGAAGGUGAAACCCAGAACGACACUUAAAUGGCCAACGGAAUGACGAGUCUGGCGCAAAAGCAACAAUUCUGGACGACACUUUUCAAGGAAAAGAAGUUGUCGUCCCAACUUGCCUCGCUAGCGGCUGAACAUGUCGAUGGCAUCACGUACGAUGACCUGCCGCAGUACGGGCAUUUACACGUCAAGGUGGAAUCCGGCUCAUCCCUUGCCCUUGGUGAUAAUUUUCAGAGUGACACUUUCAUUGUGACGGUUCAAAAUACGCGACCUAAUGCCGAAGACGACACUUGCACAUACACUUGGAGUACUUUCGUCAAAGUGCUGCCAUCAAACUCUUUUCUGCGCCAAGCGGCUUACGAAGCCCGCACUCACCACCGCGAAAUCAACAUGUACCACAAUUUCUUUAGACUCAUCCGGGAAAUGCACGUCGACCAGCCGAUUCCGCUGGAUGUUCCCGAUGUUUACUACACCCAUAUCGAGGAAAUAGUCCCAGGAGAGACGGACGGAUCAGGAAUUUGUACUCUCCUCGAGGAUCUCAAAGCUGAGGGUUACGUCAUGGCCGAUAAAGUCGAAGGCGCCGAUUAUCGACACUGUCACAUGGCCCUGACUUCACUGGCCCAUUUCCACGCCUUGACGAUUAGUGCGGUGAGAAAGUGGAAGGAUCCGGCAACUGGCGAAUUAUCCAAUAUUCCUCCACCGGCCAAGUUUCUUGUAGACGAGAAAACAUUUUUCGAGUAUGGGAUGGUAAAAUACGUUGAAAAUUUUUCCAAAUGUAUCGUCGAAUUUACCCAAGAAGUAGAAAGACCUGACCUAACCGAAUGGAUAGCAGAAUUAGUGCAGCAACGUCCAGCCGAGAUCAUCCUCGUCGACACACUGGAGAGCAGCGGUCCGUUGGCUUGCAUUUUGCAUGGAGAUUAUUGGAUCAACAAUAUGCUGUUCAAAUACGACGAUGAAAGUCAAACCCAACUCGGCGAAAAAUCUCCUUCCAUCCCCGUUUCUCUGAAAAUGAUUGACUUUCAAGUGUCGAGGAUCGGCCAUCCACUCAGCGACGUCCUGUACUUCUUGUACACGAGCACCAAGCCGGAAACGAGACAAAAGUACCUGCCGGGUUUGCUUCGAUAUUAUUUCGACACGUUGACGACGGACUUGCGACUCCUUGGCAUCUCCCUCGACGAUUACUCCUGGGAAGAUUUCUUGGCUGAUUAUAAGAAAAGAUCCUUGAUGUGGAUGUUUAUGGGCACCAUUGUUUUGUCGGCAGUCCUAAACAAGAAAGCCAUUAGUAAUUUACAAGACCUAGACGCAGAGGAGAAGCUUAAGGGACCAACACCAAAGACGGACGUGGAGCCGAUCAAGGGAGAAAUGGGAAUAAGCCUUGAAUUGGAAGAAACGAUGAAGACCUCAAUGGCGUCAUACAAAUUGAGUGACAGUUCAAUUUUGUCCGAUCGAAUUCUUAAACUCAUGGAUGAAGUCAAAGCCUUAAACUGCUGAUAAUCCUAGAAAUUUGAAAUUUCAUCCUAGACGGUUACAAUUUCGCUUAUUCUAUUAAAUUGUUAAAUGCCGUAUUGUUACGUUCAAAGUUUGCAACACUUUUUUCGUUGUUAACUUAACCAUACAACAAGAAAGUUUUAAAAAAACAAAACAAAACCAUUCAAAAUAACUUAACGAUAACUCGCCAUGGCGCUAGCUGUGUGUACUUACGUUGUGAACAGCAGUGCCACCACUGGAAAGCCAACGGGCCUUUUUCACGUUUUCAGUUCAUUCAGUCGCGUCGCGUGGUUUGCUGUGGUUAAAAUUAAAAUGGCUGCUUGUUUAAAUCAACUCGUUUUACAGACGGUUCUGAUUCCUUUUACAAAUGUGUGGAGCUUCGAUGUUCUAAUUGGUUUCCAAUUUCUUGCUGUAUUGAUGUUGCCCUUGCACUCAUUUUCUAAUGGUGAAUUUAAGAUGGAGAUGCACUGAGGUAUCGAAUCGUUUUAUGUCUCGGCACGUGGAGUACGCAUUGAUUAAUAUUUUCAGCACAUCCCGUCUGAAAAUGAAGUCGAAAGAUCAAGCACCUGUACCACUUUUCAACUUGCAACUAAUUCGUUCAACUCUCGAUUGCGCGUUCCUCUAACCGAUCCAUCAGGCUGACAACAGAUCCAA